AAAAACAUCAAGAUGGGUAUGACGAUGUCUUCAUCACUAAACAAAACUCAUUACAAUAAUAAAAGAAUACAGAAGAAGCUGGCUCUUGGAUCCAGAUCUUCUUUCCUUCUUCGUUAUCUAUAAACAAAACAUGGGAUUUCCCCCUCUGCAAUCCCAAUACACUUCUCUUGUUCUUCUCCUCUCUCUUCAGCAAUGCCUGUAAGCUUAAGAAAUCCUUCACUUUCUCCCAGAUUCUCCUCCCUCACCUUACUUCUCUCCAUAAACUCUCUCCUCCUCUUCUUCUCAUGUUGCUACUCCGUUGAAGAACAAGGACAAACUCUUCUUGCAUGGAAGAACAGUUUGAACAGUACAGAGGAUGCCUUAUUAGCAUCCUGGAAUCCUUCAGAUUCAAGCCCUUGCAAAUGGGUUGGUGUUCGCUGCAACUCCAGAGGGGAUGUGGAGGAGAUAAGCUUGAAAUCUGUGGACCUGAAAGGCUCAUCAUUGCCUUUAAAUUUUCAAGCUCUCGAGUCUUUGAAGGUUCUUGACCUGUCAUCAACCAACCUCACAGGUUCUAUUCCAAGAGAGAUUGGAGACUAUGGAGAGCUUGUUUCUAUUGAUCUCAGUGGGAAUUUUCUCUCUGGUGAAAUACCAGAAGAUAUUUGCAGGCUGAGAAAACUUGAGAGUUUGUCUUUACAUACAAACUUUCUUGAAGGUAAUAUUCCAUCCAACAUUGGGAAUCUCUCCAGUCUUGUGAAUUUGACUUUGUAUGACAACCAUCUCAGCGGUGCAAUCCCGAAGAGUCUGGGGUCUUUAAGGAGGCUUCAAGUUUUCAGAGCUGGUGGGAAUAAGAACCUUAAAGGUGAGCUGCCAUGGGAGAUUGGAAACUGCACCAGCUUGGUCAUGUUGGGCCUUGCAGAAACCAGCAUUUCUGGGAGCCUUCCUUCUUCAAUAGGAAUGCUGAAGAACAUUCAAACCAUAGCUAUUUACACAACUCUCUUGUCAGGCUCAAUUCCUAAUGAAAUUGGGAAUUGCAGUGAGCUGCAGAAUUUGUACUUGUAUCAGAACUCUAUUUCAGGUCCAAUCCCAAGUCAAAUUGCGAAUCUCAGAAAGCUUCGGAGUAUUCUCUUAUGGCAGAACAGUCUAGUGGGUACAAUCCCAGAAGAGCUUGGAAGCUGCACAGAGCUCAGAGUUGUAGACUUUUCAGAAAACCUCCUCACUGGAAGCAUACCAAGGAGCUUUGGGAUGCUUUCAAAUAUUGAGGAAAUCCAGCUUAGUGUUAAUCGGUUGACAGGUACUAUACCUCCUGAGAUUACAAAUUGCACUCUGACUCAGUUGGAAGUUGACAACAAUGCUCUUUUUGGAGAGAUUCCUGCUCUCAUAGGCAACUUGAAAAGCUUGAAUCUGUUCUUUGCAUGGCAGAACAAGCUCACUGGGAAAAUCCCAGAGAGUCUGUCUGAGUGCCAAGAUCUUGACGCACUUGACCUGUCUUACAAUAAUCUGAUUGGUUCAAUACCAAAAUCUCUCUUUGGGUUGAGGAAUCUCACUAAACUCUUGCUUAUUUCUAAUGAACUAUCAGGCUUUGUUCCUCCUGAUAUAGGAAACUGCACUAGUCUCUUCAGGUUAAGGUUGAACCGGAAUAGAUUUGCAGGGUCCAUUCCACCUGAGAUAGGAAACUUGAAGAAUCUCAAUUUUAUGGAUAUGAGCAACAAUCACUUUGUGGGGGAGAUUCCUCCAACAUUAUCUGGAUGCGAGAACCUUGAGUUUAUUGACUUGCAUUCAAAUUCUCUCACAGGCUCUCUCCCAGAGACUCUCCCAAGAAGUCUUCGAUUAAUAGAUUUCUCGGACAAUAGGCUCACUGGCCUGCUGAGUCGUUCCAUUGGUUCGUUAACUGAACUGACCAAACUCAAUCUGGGAAAGAAUCAACUCAGUGGAACAAUGCCAGAAGAGAUCUCGUCUUGCUCUAAGCUUCAACUUCUAGACCUGGGAAGCAACGAUUUCUCAGGAGAAAUUCCAAAGCAAUUGGGCCAAAUCCCAUCAUUGGAAAUCUCUUUAAAUCUCAGCUUCAAUCAAUUUUCUGGCCAAAUCCCAUCUCAAGUCUCUGGUCUCACAAAACUGGGUGUACUUGAUCUCUCCCACAACCACCUCUCAGGGAACCUGAACUCUCUCUCUGACCUUCAAAACCUCGUAUCCUUAAACGUCUCCUUCAACGACUUCUCUGGUGAAUUACCCGACACCCCAUUUUUCAAAAGGCUGCCUUUAAGUGACCUCACCCCAAAUAAAGGCCUCUACAUCUCCGGCGCCGACGGUUUGACUCCGGUCGACAGAGUGGGACCCAGUAAAGUCCAUGGCAGAUCAGCAAUGAUCAUCAUGUCCAUUCUCCUAAGCACAAGUGCAGUACUCGUACUUCUCACAGUCUAUGCCUUGGUACGUUCUCAUAUCCGAAACAGAGCGAUCAUAGAAGAUAGCUCAUGGGAGAUGACUUUUUAUCAGAAGCUCGAAAUCUCCUCCAUUGAUGAUGUCAUCAAGAGCCUGACGUCAUCCAACGUGAUCGGCACCGGAAGCUCCGGGGUGGUGUACAAGGUAACAAUCCCCAAUAGCUCCAUCGGCGAACUAGCAGUUAAGAAAAUGUGGUCAUCAGAAGAAUCCGGAGCGUUCGAGUCCGAGAUUCGAACUCUGGGUUCAAUCCGACACAAGAACAUCGUGAGACUUCUAGGAUGGGGAUCCAACAAGAACCUCAAGCUUCUGUUCUACGACUACCUCCCCAACGGCAGCCUGAGCUCGAUGCUUCACGGUUCCGGAAAAGGAAGCGCGGAUUGGGAAACCAGGUACGAGGUUGUGGUGGGUGUGGCUCACGCGCUGGCUUAUUUACACCACGAUUGCCUCCCUCCAAUACUUCACGGAGACGUGAAGGCCAUGAACGUGUUACUGGACGACAGGUUUCAAGCUUAUCUUGCAGAUUUUGGCCUGGCCAGGAUUGUUCAUGAAAAAGACGACGCUCAUGAUCAUUUUGAUCCAAAACCACUUCAUAGAACAUAUCUUGCUGGUUCUUACGGAUACAUGGCUCCAGAACAUGCAUCGAUGCAGAGAAUCACAGAGAAGAGUGACGUGUAUAGUUAUGGUGUGGUUCUGUUGGAAGUGUUGACUGGGAAGCACCCACUAGACCCAACGUUGCCAGGUGGCGCACACAUGGUUCAGUGGGUUCGGGACCACUUAGCCAAUAAGGGCGGGCCGUCUGAUAUUCUGGACCCAAAGCUCAGAGGGAGGGCUGACCCAGCGAUGCAUGAGAUGGUUCAGACUCUGGCAGUGUCGUUCCUGUGCGUGAGCACCAAGCCUGAGGAUCGCCCUACGAUGAAGGACGUUGUGGCGAUGCUGAAGGAAAUCAGAGCUGUUGAAUCCUCGAGGUUGGAUUGUGAUGAACUGAAGAAGGGCAAAAUCAUCUUACAUAAAGGAUCGCCGUAUCCUGUUCCGCCACCUGAGCGUCUGCUUUCGUCGCAUGAAUCUUCUAAUUGUUCCUUUCAUUUCUCAGAUGACUCGGUCUAAAGAAGAAAAUAUUAAUUCUAAUUAUAAAUAAAUUAUAUUGGGAUGUAAGAUGUGUAUUCUUUUUUUAGGAUUAUUUCCCAUGUAAUUGUAGGUGUCUCCUUGAAAUUAUGUAUGCCAAAGUGUACUAUUUGGGAAUCAGCAGCCUGUGACCUGGGGAAGUAGAGUUCAUCGCAAUCUUCUAGCGUAGAGAAGAAAAGAAGUUUCAAGUAAAUUCGAAUUAAUGGGAUUGUCUGUAUAAAUUUACUGCUUCCGAGGUUUCAAUUUCAGUGGCCAUGUGGUUAAUUAAUGUUCUACAAAGAAAUUUAUGUAGUAACAUGCAUGUUUGUUUUGGCCAAAAAAAGUAGCAUGCAUGUUUGUUGAUGUUGAUACCAACCAGGAAGGGGAUUUAUAGGAUAAAUAGUAAAACUUUGUGUAAAUA